AUGACCCGCACUUGGCAAACUCCCGUGAACUAUGACAAACGUCCCGUUGCUAUCUUGGGUGCAGGUGUUCUGGGGCGUCGUAUCGCGUGCAUUUGGGCAUCCGCCGGAUAUGACGUCCAGGUCCGUGACCCUAGCCUAGAACAACGCGCAGACUGCAUCGAAUACGUCGAAGCAAACGUGGCAUCCUACGCCGAGCAAACAGGACAGGUCCCUGGCAAUAUCGAAGCUUUUGAACAACUGGAGAAUGCGGUCAAAAAUGCAUGGCUCGUUAUUGAAGCAGUUCCAGAAAAGCUUGCCUUGAAGAUUGAUACAUUUGCCGAACUGGAUAGGCUUGCGCCAAGUGAUUGCAUUCUGGCCUCUAACUCGUCUUCGUACAAAUCCUCUGAAAUGUUGGUCAAAGUGUCGGAAUCGGCUAAGCGUCGCAUUUUGAACAUGCACUACUACAUGCCCCCGCAGGUCAUGGUUGUGGAAUUGAUGACCAAUGGGCUCACCGAGCCAUCUCUCUUCCCCUUUUUGGUCGACCGUUUGAAGGAGGCUGCGACUAUUCCUUAUGUUGCUCGGAAAGAGUCCACUGGCUUCAUUUUCAACCGCCUCUGGGCUGCAGUUAAGCGAGAGGUUUUGACCAUUCUCGCUGAAGGAGUUUCGGUACCGGAAGAGAUUGAUUCAAUGUGGACGGAGAUGUUCAUCAAAAGCGCCGUUACCCCCUGCAAGACCAUGGACGACGUUGGUCUGGACACUGUGGGUUUCAUUGAGAACCAUUACAUCCUGGAACGUCAUCUCUCUGGAGAAAAGACGGUCAAUUUCUUGCAGAAGAAGUAUCUGGAUGAAGGUAGGCUUGGGUCAAAGUGCUCCAAAGGUGGUCUUUUCCCACCUACUGUGACUGGUAAGGGAGCCCUCACCGAGCCCAAGCUAUUGGUCCUUGAUAUCGGACUGGCGGCAGAGGUUCCCAGUACGGACGGAGGCCAAAUUCUUGAGAUAUCCGCCGACGGUCGCAAACAAAAGGUCAUUGUCAGCUCUCAAUGUCUCCCCGAUGGCCUUGCGAUUGACACCGACAGCAAGCGCAUGUUCUGGACCACCAUGGGCAUCCCUGGCAAAGAUGACGGGGCAGUAUAUUCUGCCAACUUGGACGGCACCGAUAUCCAGACCGUCCUUGAUCCAGGCACGGUAAAUACCCCCAAACAGCUAGCCUUGGACAACAAGUCAAAGAAAAUAUACUUUUGUGAUCGAGAGGGCCUUCGCGUUCUCCGUUGCAACUUUGAUGGUUCAGCGCUUGAAGUACUGGUUCAGAAUGGUGCUUAUCAGAAUACCGAGGAUUGUGAUGACCCCACAAAGUGGUGUGUCGGUGUGACUGUCGCCCCCGGCCUCGGCAAGUUCUACUGGACACAGAAGGGGCCCUCCAAGGGUGGCAAGGGACGCAUCUUUAAUGCAAACAUCGAUUUCCUAGAGGGGCAGUCUGCUACGACACGGAGCGACAUCCAGUGUAUUGCAAACAACCUACCAGAGCCCAUCGAUCUCGAAAUUGAUGAGGAUUCUCAAACCCUAUACUGGACCGAUCGUGGUGAGAUCCCGUUGGGGAAUUCGUUGAACAGACUUUUGCUUGAUCAUUUCGGCUUUCCUGUCCCCACUGGCCAUGAAAUCUUGCUCAGAAACCUGAACGAGGCAAUUGGCUUGAAGCUAGACUUGGCCAAUGACAGCAUAUAUUUGACCGACCUUGGUGGUAACAUCUACAGAUGCAAUGCUGAAGGAAAGCAGAAAGUUAGACUGCACACCGAUGAGAGUCGAGCUUUUACCGGAAUUGCCAUUGCUUAG